GGUGUAAAAAUUUGCAGAUGGACUAAAGCUGCUUUAAGAGGAAGAGGAUUUUGUUAUAAAAAUAGUUUUUAUGGAAUUCAAAGUUGGAGACAUCAUACAAAUCCAGUUGGAACAGAAUGGAGAUGGAAGGUGGAUGAGCCACAGAUGAUUUUUGAAGGGGCAAUGGCAAAUCAUUAUCAGAUGAUUAAACAAAUGAAAGGAGUACCUGGUGUACGUGCAGAUAGAUUUCAAGAAGCAUUUAAGAUUCAACAUUGUGCAUUAUCAUUAGUUGGUGAACCAAUUUUUUAUCCAUAUAUCAACGAAUUUAUUGAAUUGCUACAUGGAAAACACAUCUCAUCGUUUUUAGUUACAAAUGCACAGUUUCCGGAUAAGAUUGCAGAAUUGAAACCUGUUACACAACUUUACGUUAGUGUGGAUGCCAGUACCAAAGAAAGUUUAAAAAAAAUUGAUAGACCAUUAUUUAAAGAUUUUUGGGAAAGAUUUUUGGAUAGUUUAGAUGAAUUAAGUAGAAAGGGUCAGAGAACAGUAUAUAGAUUGACAUUGGUAAAAGAUUAUAAUACAGAAGAAAUUGAGAAUUAUAUAGAAUUAAUUGAGAGAGGAAGACCAGAUUUCAUUGAGGUGAAGGGAGUCACAUAUUGUGGAUAUAGUGGAUCGAGUAAUCUUACAAUGGCAAAUGAAAUGUAUAUGAGAUAG